CGCCUUCAUCCCAUCCAAGAUGGCGAUAUGAUAUAGCGGACGGGAUCGUUUGCAAUAUCAUAAAAAGGAUCAACGGUGGAUAUAGUAAAGGAGUCGUUUCGAAUGCUAAUAGAAAAAGAAAAAUGACUUCUUCAUAUCAGUUAGUGAAGCCUACAAUCACUUCAUCAAAAUUAGUAUUAAAUAAUCUUUUAUUAGGCUUUUAUCUUUAAAUUUAAUAACUGCACAUAAUUGCUGAAUAUAAUCAUUUUAGAAAUGUGAUCAUGGCUUCUAGCAAAGAUCAGUCAGAAAAUACUAUGUCAGAAACAUUAAGGAUAUGGAAUGCAAUAAAAUUAUUUCAGCUAAUUUUAGGCAUAAUACUUUAUACCAGCAUAUCAGGAAAAGUUCUUUCACAAGAUCUUCAAAUGAUAGAAAAAUUGUCUGGACAGGAUGUUAAAAGGUUUUGGGGAGUUCCAGACACAGUUGCUGCAGUUGGUCGAAUAUUCAAAUGUUCAAUUCCACUUGAUUCCUUUUCAGGACAGAUAGAACAUUUUGAGGUUUCUAAAGCUGGUGAGGAUCGUCUUCCUCUCUGGUUGAAUUUUGAUCCAGUAAAUAACACAUUUUAUGGAGUGCCAACUGAACAAGAUUUAGGACAGCAUUAUAUUAGUGUUAAAGCCUAUGGUAACAUCUAUAAUUCAAGCAUUCACUCUAUAGCAGCCAAAGAUGUAUUUUCUAUUGAAGUUUUGGAUGAACCAAUUGAAAUGCUAUCUCAGUCUAAUGUGGAAAUAUUGAAAUGUCCAACAGGACAAUCUCCAACAAUAGCUGCAAUAGCAUUUGAUGCUAAUAUUGAAGACCUUAGUCCCACAAAAAGAAUUAAUCUCUUGACAAAAAUGAGUGUUUUAAUAAAAUUUCCAGUAGAUGCAUUGAAAUUAAUCUCUGUAGGUCCAGAUGAUCAAGUUUUUGAUGAAUCUGCAAUAAUGGCUGGAGCUGGAAAUGUAAAAAUUCGUCAACAUACAGGUGUUAUUGUACAAUGGCAAGUUGGCUGUUCUGGUAAUAUAAAUCAUGAUCAAUUAGUAUAUUUAUCAGAUAUAGAAAAAACUGCAAAAAACGGAUCAUUAUCAGAUAUUUUCAAUCUUCCUAUCAUUGGAUGGCAUGUUUCUACACUUCAUCCACAUUUUUCAAGAGAAAAGCGGCAAUUAUGGUAUACCCAUGCUACUCCUGUUCUUGGAAUCUUACCCACACAGUUAACACAUAUUACAGAAAAAAUUGAAACAGAACCAACUGAAGAAUCCAUUAUUCCAGAAACCCGCAUUAUUCCAACAAUGGCAUCUCCAAUUUUUUCUUCUAAUACCCACCAUCACCGUCACCAUCACAGUGAUCGAAAUAGAGGAUAUAAUAGAGAAAAAGAUAUUUUACCCACCUCAGUUGUAUCUACUGUUCAUUUUCAACACAUUUCUGCAAGUCCAGUUGCUAUUGCAACACCUUUAUUUGUCCCUGAAAAACCAACAAAAUAUAUUGCCGUGUCUUCUGUUGAUCCAUAUGGAAGAAAUUAUCCAAAUGAAUUUACUCCUAUUGAUACUUUAAUGUCUUCUAUGACAGUACCUAUAAAUAAAAUAACUGAAACUGAAAUUUUGCCAUCCCGUACGUAUAUUAUAACAACUGAUCUGUUAACUUCAGAAAUAAAGCCUACUAAAACUGAAAUGACUACAGAUUCAACAAAACGUCCACCUUCUAUACCAAAUUUUAAACCAACAAUAAACAGCCGGAUGAGAAAAUUAUCUAUGGUUGCUGGUAAGGUAUGGUCUUACAGAAUACCAAGAGAUACGUUUACAGAUAUGGAAGAUGGAGACACUCGCAAUUUGAAAUUAAUUUUUAUGACUGCAGAACAUACUGCAAUUCCAUCCUCUUCUUGGAUUCAAUUUGAUCCAGAAAAACAAAUGUUAUAUGCACUUCCUUUGGAAGAGAAUAUUGGAAAAUAUGAAUUUAUAUUAGAAGCAAUGGAUAGUGAAGGAGCUUCAACUUUUGAUAAAUUAGAAAUACAUGUUUGGCAACAUCAGUCUGCUCGAGCCGUCAAUCAUGAGUUUUCAAUGACACUAAAAUUUAAUAAAUGGGAAUUUCCAAUAGCUGUAGAUUGGCAGAUUGAAGUAGUCAGAAGAUUAGCUAGCUUUUAUAAAGAUAAAAAUGAAUCAUUUAUCACAGUUCAGGUUGUUAACACAGAUCCUUUUAUGAUUACAUGGACAAAUGAUUCACUUCCUGCAUAUCCUUGUCCCAGAGAACAAAUUUCUCAGCUUAUGAGUAAAUUAUUUUCUGGUGGAAAUGGAGAGGUAUCUAGACAUCUGAAAAAAUCCAUGGGACCAGAAUUUAGAGUUCAAAACACAACUGUCAACUUUUUAGGUGUGUGUCAGACUCCUGCUUCAACUACAUCUUCAACUCACACAAAUUUUGGACCAAUGUUACGUAAUGCAAUAGAACAAAUAAAUACCACAGUUGGUGAAAUACUUCGGUUUAAAGUUCCUGAUGAUACUUUUUAUGAUUUUGAAGAUGGUAGUACUAGAUAUUUAUCUUUAACUUUCCUCAGGAUAGAUAAUAAGCAGCCACCAAAAUCAUCUUGGGUUCAGUUCAAUCCAAAAUCACAAGAACUGUAUGGUCUUCCAUUUGAAAGCAAUGCUGGAAGACAUGAAUUUCAAAUGGUUGCUGUAGACAGUGACGGAUUACAAGUAAAUGAUGCAUUUGUUAUCAUAGUUCAUCCAAGGCAAUCAAAGAAAAGAAGUGUAGAGUUUAGUUUGCAUUUAGAUUUAUCUUAUGAUGAAUUUAGUCGAGAUAUAGCUAAAAAAGUGUUAGUUGCAUGGAAACUGGCUAAAUUAUAUGGUGAUCCUGAUCCCAGAUAUAUUACUGUUAGCUCUAUAAGUAAAGGUUCUGUUGUGUAUGCUUGGACUAAUAAUACUUUACCUCAUGAUCCUUGUCCAAAAGAAAAAAUUAGUCAACUAGUUAAAUAUUUAUUUAAUGAAAAUGGUACUAUAUCUUCUCGACUUACAGAAGCACUACAACCUGAAUUUAAAAUUAUUAAAGCAGAUGCAAUGCCCCUAGGUAUUUGUCUAGAUAAAGUAACACCAACUUCUGUGACAGUCACUCCACCACCCUCUACUGAAGAAUCUCCUCCCAUAGCUUCAGCUGAUGAUGAUAUUUAUAUUACUACCAUCAUACCAGCAGUUGUAAUUGCUGUAAUGUUGAUUGUUGCUACAAUGAUUGCUUGUUUCCUGUAUCGAAAGAAGAGGAAAGGUAAGAUAACAACACAAGAUAAUAGCACAUUUAUUAGUAAAGGAAUUCCAAUAAUAUUUGCUGAUGAAUUAGAAGAAAAACCUGAUCCUGCAAAAGCUCCCAUAAUUAUGAAAGAUGAGAAGCCACCAUUAUUAGCACCAGAAUAUCUUCGCUCAUCCAUUAGUAGUAGAGAUUCAACACCACAAAUGGAAAGACAUGAACCUAGUCACAUGCAAGAUACAAAUGCUGAUCUCCACCCUGAUCCAAAUUCAUCACCACCAUAUCAACCUCCUCCUCCAUUUACUGCAAAUCGUGACAAUAAAAAUUCUAGACCAAAAGCUACACCAACAUAUAGACAACCUCCACCAUAUGUGCCUCCUUAAGUGUUCUUGUCAGGGCAGUGGGUGCCUUUAUUAUUUUUAUGUUUAUAAUCUCAAGUGCUUUCCUUUGAAUUUAAUUUACAGUGAUAUUAUUUCAUAUUAUAAUGUUUGCCAAAAAUAUUAUUAUCUACAUUCUUUUUAUUUUAUAUAUUUUACCAAGAUGAUAUAUAAUGCUUUCCAGACAAGGUACUAUCAUCUUACCACCAAUAUUAUUUAUCACUGCCAAUAUUCAUUUAUUAAGUCAUAUUUAUAUUAUUUAUCUUUUAUGUUGUAAUUAUACAGAUGUGUGUGUGAUUUUUAUACAUAUAUUUUAUUAAUUUUUAAUGUUUUAAGAUAAACUUAUUUUAUAUUAUUUUUUGAUUUUAUAAUUUUUAUUCUUAUUCUUUUACUAUAAUUUUAUUGUUUUUGGUAAGUUCGUGUACAUUGUCUUGUCCCA